GAAGUGUUACCUACACGCCCAUGUGAGUUUCUUUCUGGAGAUAACUUCACCGUUUUAGGAAUCACAGAGUACACGCACACUCCUGCGGGAUAAUCCGGGCUGCACGCAGCGUGUGCGUGUUCGGCGAGUUUGACGGAUCAUGGCUUCAGACGCAGUUUAUUCGACCCGGGACUCCAUGCUGAAGAAGCGGGACGACCUGGAGGACAUCCUGGAGGACAGGCGGCGCUCCAGCGACCUGCGCUACGCCCUGCGCUGCUACACCCCGGCGCUGUACCGCGGCCUGACGCCCUGCGGGGCGCAGCAGCUGAAGGGCCUGGUGCUGCAGUCGGACCAGCUGCGCUACGUCGUCCAGCAGGUGUGUAAGGAGACGGGCGCCCCCUCGGAGGAGGUGCAGGCGGAGGCGGUGGCCAUCUUGGAGGAGAUGGCCCACCGCCUGCAGCUCGGGACGAUUCGCUUCUUCGCCUUCGUUCUGAGCAAGAUCUUCAAGACUCUGUUCAGGAACAUCAGCGUCAACGAGGAGGGGAUCCAGAGACUGCAGCAGGCCAUCCUGGACCACCCGGUGGUCCUCCUGCCCAGCCACCGCAGCUACAUGGACUUCCUGCUCAUGUCCUACAUCCUGUACACCUACGACCUGGCUCUGCCCGUCAUCGCCGCCGGCAUGGACUUCAUGGGGAUGAAGCUGGUGGGGGAGAUGCUGCGGAUGUCCGGAGCGUUCUUCAUCCGCAGGUCGUUCGGAGGAGACCGGCUCUACUGGGCCGUCUUCUCCCAGUACGUCCAGACCAUGCUGAGGAUCGGAUUCGCACCCGUCGAGUUUUUUCUGGAGGGAACCAGAAGCCGAACAUCCAAGUCGUUAACGCCAAAGUUAGGCCUGCUGAACAUCGUCAUGGACCCCUUCCUGAAGGGGGAGGUCUUCGACAUCAGCCUGGUUCCGGUCAGUAUCAGCUACGAGCGGAUCCUGGAGGAGUCGCUCUACGCCAGAGAGCUGCUCGGAGUGCCGAAGCCCAAGGAGUCCACCUCGGGUCUGUUCAAGGCCAGGAAGGUCCUCAGCGAAGACUACGGCAGCAUCCACGUCUACUUCGGCCAGCCGGUGUCGGUGCGAAGCCUGGCCGAGGGCCGAGUGAACCGAGGCCAGUUCAACCUGAUUCCCCGACACAUCCCGCGGCGGCCCGGGGACGACGUCCACGGCUUUGUGAAGGACUCGGCCUACAGGCUGGUGCGGGCGCAGGAGGAGAACAUGGUCCUGAAGCCGUGGGUCCUGAUCGCCUCCCUGCUGCUGCAGAACCAGAACCAGGACCAGGACCGGGAUCCGGGCGUCCCGCUGGAGCAGCUGACCCAGCAGGCCGUGUGGCUCCGGGACCUGUCCCGGCAGUGUGGAGCCUUCCUGCACUGGCCCGACCACGCGUCCCCGGCCGAGGUGGUCUCCUCCAGCCUGUCCCUCCACCGCGGUCUGGUCCGGGUCUCUGAGGGACGAGUCCGGCUGGCUCUGCAGCAAGGUGGAGCAGCAGAGCCAGGACCCCCCCGCGGCGCCGUCUCCCCGGAGGAGGAGCUGCUGGACCGGGCCGUGGUGCUGCUCUCCUGCGCCUCCUACAGGAACCAGCUGAUGCACGUCUUCGUGAGACUGGCGCUGCUCGCCUCGGCCGUCCACAACGCCUCCUCCAGCAAGAAAAACGACGUCUUCAGCAGCUUCAGCUUCUUGAGGAACAUGUUCUCCAACGAGUUCAUCCUCUGUCCCGGAGCCACGGUUCAGGACUUCGAGGAGGCCUGCUACCUGCUGGUGAAGACUGGAGUUCUGCUCAUCAGCCAGCAGGAGGUGCUGGUGACAGACGCAGGACGGCGGACCGUGGCCUUCCUCAGCGGCCUGCUGGACCCGUUCUUACAGGGCUACCAGGUGGUGUGCAGGUUCCUGUGUGAGGACGCCGCCGACGCUCUGACAGAGAAGCGGUUUGUUCCUGCGGUCCGGAGCUUCAUCAUCAAACACCUCCUCUCAGGCAGACUGCGGCACACGGAGGUCUUGUCGUCGGACCUGCAGAAGAACGCCCUGGCGGCGCUGCUCCGGCUGGGCGCCGUGGGGAGAGUCAGAGGGGGGGCGGAGCCCGGCCGGGGGGCGGAGCCUACGCUGCAGAUCAACAGGGUGCUGGUGAACUCUCUGGAGGACGCUCUGGGAGGGAAGCUCCCCACGCAGAAGGCCGCCGCCGCUCGCCUCUGAUCCGGAGCCGGCGCCGUGCGACCCCUGACCUCUGGAGGCGACCCGGCUCCUCCUCCUGACCCUCCUCUCUCUCCAAUUCUCUGAAAGCUUUUUGUACACCAGGCCUUUGGAAGGCGUUCCUCUCUGAAUGGCUGACCUCUGACCUCCUCUCGUCUUCGUCACUCCUCUUUGAGCACUUUAACGAAUCGGUCCGUCUGCCGGGCCUUUAACGGAACUCCUCCGGUUCUCUUGUUUCUCUUCUUCCUUAAAGGUACAGUAUGUAAUAUUUGAGUGAUUCCACGUCCGGACAGCAGGGGGCAGCAGUGAGUCCACGGAAUGGAGCAGUCUCCUGAUGCUAAAUAAGCUACAUUAGCAUGCUAGCGUCAACACAACAGCUUGACUGCCGUGUUUUCUGAUAUAAGUCGCAGAAAUAAUGAGGGAGAAUUGAAACGUACUUGUCCAUGGUUUCAUUUAAUAUUUAAUUCAUGUGACGAGUCGAACAUAUAUUCCAGAAAACACGGUUCAGUUCUGAUUCUUGGUGAAAUGAUCGUACUGUACCUUUAAAAGCUGCCGAUGGGAACUGUCAGUCGUAGCUCAUUUCUUGUUUUUUGGGAUCUGAUUAGGUUUGGGGGUGUCGGCGUUUCAGUUGAACUUGACGGUUGUGUUUUUAUUUUUUACGUUUACGUUCUUCCGUCGCUACGGAUACGAAGCCAGUUUCACCAAGGUGCCAAACUGAAGCUAAAGUGAAGUUACUGACUCGGCAAAGCCACAGGAGCCGCCUUCCUCCAUCGUUUAGGGUCUAGAAGUUACUGUCAGGACUUUACUGUUACAAACGAACCCGUCACGUUAAAACCUCCUGAUGCCAAACAGGAAGCUCCACGGUUUCCAAACAGAGACAGAGAAUCUCCUGGAGUCGCACUACAAACCACUUACACAUCUCACAUGUUUCUUUUCCAAAACGCUGAUUUUUCGCUCAUUUUCUGUGUUUUCACAUGAUGGAAGUUGGAAAAGAUUCAAUUUAAUGUUAUUAAAAGUGGGCGUGUCCUCCAGAGGGAUGAGGGUGAAGGGGUUAGAACUCUUAAUAUCAGGUUUGCAGCUGUUCUCAUGCUUUUAUUAUGAAAAGACAGAAAAGAAACGUAAACAUCCUCAACAGGUUGAGGUAAUGCCUUAAAGCAGCUCUGAGGAUCAACGUAAUGAGAAAACUGCAUUUAGGCUUUCUGCCUUUAUUGGUGGAGCAUGUGGGGGUCAAGGGUCAUGCUCAGGAGGUCAAGGGUCAUGCUCAGGGACUCGUUUGAACCAAUGAAGAGCCAGCUUCUCUAACCUCCAGUCCAUUUUUUAAAAGUACUUCAGAACAGAUAAAGUUACUCUUAAAAUCUUUACGCCGCUGUCGAGGCUCACGCUGCGGAGCUCCAGCUAUAAAAUCAUCUGUUUCCGUGACACAUUUUUUAAAAAUUCAAGUAUUCAACAUGUGGAACGGUCAUCUCCUGGUGCAUUCUGGGUCAUACUAGCAUUACCAGGUGAAGCCCCGCCCCCAUAGUGGGUGGAGCUACCAUGGGACAAAAAUUAAGAACAGCUGAUAAAACAAAAUAAAAGAUGAAAUAACACUAUUUUUAAAUGCAUUUUUUAAUCACCUAAUAUAAUAAACUAAAAUUAUUGUAAAAGUGAAUCAAACAACUAUUAGAAAAUGUUCUUGCCUCAAAUGUUUUAUUGUUCUAUUAUGUUUAUAAAUAACACAUUUUUACAUUUUUAAGUGUAAAAUUCCCAAAAUGUGUGUUUAAAGACUAAAACUCUGCGUUUUUCCGUUAAUCUGAAAUUCUAAUGCGACAGAAAGCGUUGUGUCGUGGAACGUGGUGGAACCCGUCCGUUCUGUGUGGAUCUGCAUGUUCUCCCUGUGCGUUCUCAUUUCUUUAAAGUGAUCUUUCCCGCCAUUGAUCAGAAAAUCUCUUGGGGUUUUUUUUUUUUUUUUUUUUUUUUUUUUUCAUGUGGCACAUUUCAGGCUCUGUUUACACAACGACGUUUUGGUCUGUUUACACGACGACGGAGCUCCAAGUGUAACUUUUUGAAAACACUCCCACUCCAUUGAAAUGGGGAAAAGCGGCAACUUUUUGAAAAGGUCCCUGGGGGCAAAACGAAACUGUUUGAAAACACUCCGACUGUGUGUGUGUAUGGGUGAAAACGCAACUUCUCAAACGCUAUGACUCCAUGGAAAUGGUGUGAAGUGCAACUUUUUGAAAACACUCCAAGCCCGUGAAAAUGAAGGGAAAAUGCAUUUUUUAAAGUUGUUGCGUAAACACUGCCUGAAUGUUGAAGCCUCUCGGGUUGAAAUGAAAUGAGCUCAGCUGUCGACUCUGUUUCCCUUCAUGAGUUUAUUUGAAGAUUUGAGAAGAAACACAACAGAAGUAGAAAAAUGUUCUAUAAAUUAAAUCGAUUUAGUUGUUUAAUUGUCACGAAGACAGCUGCAGACUACAGAAAAAACCUAAAGCCGUUUUAACAACCUGCUCGGGUGAAAUACGCAGCUGGAAAAACGGUGUGAAAAGGCAUUAAUGAGUAAAUAUGAAGCUGGAUCAAAAACUUUUCUCACGCUAGUUACAUUUUUUUAAAUUCAAAAUAUCUGGGAAGUCUCGAAGAUCCUGCACUUUUUUAUCAGUUGUGACAAAUUGAAAUCUGAAAACGUUGCUUAAAGACAUUAUUAGUUUUCAUGAUUUCUCAUCAAUCCUCUUGACCCCCAGAUGUUUUUGAAUAUAAGUAGUUCUGUCUCAAUGACACGAUUCAGCUGUUUAUUUCCUGUUGUGAUGAACUUUGACCCCAGCUGCUCCACUUCAGUUCGGUUUGUGGUGCUUUGAAGUAAAAAAAUUUAAAAAAACAACUAAACAUUUCCAGUGAGACUUUUACAAACUCGCUUUAAAGCGGUUUCACUCAUGUUGCUUUGUUCCAUGUUGUUGCUAAUGCUAAUGCUAAUGCUGGUUAAUAAUCUUUGGUUUGACAGAACUGUUUUCAUUAUUCAUGUCAGAAAAAAUGAAUGAGUAAGUUCCUGAGGUGAUCGAUGGCUGGUUCGAUUUCCUGGUUCAGUUAACGUGCUAAAUUACUGCCUAACUUACCAGCUAUGCUAAUGUGCUAAAUUAUCGCUUACUGUGCCAGCUAGGCUAACAUGUUUAACUUAGCCGUUGGGUUAAUGUGCUAAAUUACCGCCCAUCUUACUAGCUAGGUUAACUUGUUAAAUUACCGCUUAUAUUUUGCAGUAAGUAACAAGUGAAACACGGCUAUUAUCUUCAAAUGCAUUGUGGGUAUAUUUUCAGUUUAGUGGUAGCAUUACGAGUUGAAGCCCCGCCCCCAGCACUAAAAUCCAUUGUGACACGUAAAACUCUUUGCUGUACUCCGUUUGAUACUCGAGGAGCUAAAACUUUAAAGGUACAUGUUGUCUUUUUAUUGUUUCUUGUCGUGAUGUAGCAGGGAUUUACUGAAGCUAACCAGCUAGCCGCUGAAGCUAACAGCGAGCUGCAGCCUGUAGUCCCACUCGGUGCCACACGGUGGUGCAGUGAGCCACACUUCCUCUGGCGUUCAGAGAACAGAAGCAGCAGCGGUCGACUCUGCUGUGGUAAAUCCAGCCCUCCUGCUCUCUACUGCCUCCUGCUGUACAGGAGUGGAAUUACUCCCACCGUUUGUUCUGUUUCUCUCAGAAGAACUGGUCCGACAGCGACGCCUCCAGAAAACCCUCUGCUGCUCAUCCGGAGCAUUAUCUCCUGCUUUGAUUAAAACAAGAACAAACUUUUCUAUGACAUCUUGAUGUGUUUAUACUCUUAUUUUGAAGUGUGACGCCUUUUUAAUACUGAAUGUACAGACCUGCUGAAACUUACAAGCAUGCUAAU